UAGAGCUGAGCGGCGGCUUCCGGUUCCUCCCCGUCAGUCUGAGGGAAGGCGGCGCCGCGCGACCAGCUUCUGCCGGCGUCCUUGGCCGGGAGCGACGCAGACCCUCCGGGGACCCGCACCGGCUCUAGGUUCUUUGACACCGGGGACCAAAGAAAUGGUGAUGGAGAAGCCAAGUCCGCUGCUUGUGGGACAAGAGUUUGUGAGGCAGUACUAUACCUUAUUAAAUAAAGCACCAGAUUAUUUGCACAGGUUUUAUGGCAGGAAUUCUUCUUAUGUCCAUGGUGGGCUGGAUUCCAGUGGCAAACUCCAGGAAGCAGUAUAUGGCCAGUCUGAUAUACAUAAGAAGGUGAUGUCCCUGCAGUUUAAUGAAUGCCGUACGAAGAUCCGUCACGUGGACGCCCACGCAACCCUGAAUGAUGGAGUGGUUGUGCAGGUCAUGGGGGAGUUAACAAACAACGGGCAGCCAAUGCGGAAAUUCAUGCAGACCUUUGUGCUGGCUCCAGAAGGCUCUGUUCCAAAUAAGUUUUAUGUCCACAAUGACAUAUUCCGUUACGAAGAUGAAGUAUUUGGUGAAUCUGAAGCCGAACUAGAUGAAGAAUCAGAAGAUGAAGUGGAAGAAGAGCAUGAAGAAAGGCAGCCAUCCCCUGAGCCUUUGCAAGAGAAUGCCUCCAGCACUUACUGUGAAGGUCACCCUGUAACAAAAGGAGGGCGUCGCCCAUGUCAGAAUCCCUCCCAUUCCAGUGAUGAGAAAAAACCACCCUGGAAUGGAAUAGAAGGAAGCUUGGAAGAAUCUUCUCAUGAGCCAGAACCAGAACUAGAGUCCGACUCAAAAACCGAAGAACUGAAAUCUGAAGUAGAAGAAAAGAACAUGGAAGAGCUGGAAGAAAAGUCUCCAUCCCCGUCUCCUGUAGAAACUGUUUCUCUACCACAAGAACCACCAAAGGCUUUCUCCUGGGCUUCAGUGACCAGUAAAAACCUGCCUCCUAGUGGUACUGUUUCUUCCUCUGGAAUUCCACCUCAUGUUAAAGCGCCUGGCUCUCAGCAAAGAGUGGAAACAAAACCUGAAACCCAAUCCCAGCCUCUUCGUGUGCGUGAACAACGUCCAAGGGAAAGACCAGGUUUUCCUUUGAGGGGGCCCAGAGCAGGCCGAGGGGAUGUGGAUCAGAAUGAAUCAGACAAUCGCCGAAUAAUUCGCUACCCGGAUAGUCACCAGCUGUUUGUUGGAAACCUCCCCCAUGACAUAGAUGAGAAUGAGCUGAAGGAGUUCUUUAUGAGCUUUGGGAAUGUUGUAGAGCUUCGCAUCAAUACUAAAGGUGUUGGAGGAAAACUUCCAAACUUUGGCUUUGUAGUGUUUGAUGAUUGUGAGCCAGUUCAGAAGAUCUUAUUGGCAAAACCCGUUAUGUUCCGUGGUGAAGUGCGCUUGAAUGUGGAAGAGAAAAAGACAAGAGCUGCUCGUGAGAGAGAGACACGAGGUCCUGGUGAUGAGCGCAGGGAGAUUCGCCGCAGUGACAGAGGGCCUGGGGGUCCCCGUGGAAUAGUGGGUGGAGGAAUGAUGCGAGACCGUGAUGGGAGAGGGCCAUUUCCACGGGGCAGCGUGGCCCAGAAAGUGGGCUCCGGAAGAGGAUCUGGGCAGGUGGAGGGCCGAUAUGCAGGCCAGCGUCGCUGAAGACCCCACCGUUGCCAGGCAGUCUUGGCAAUGGUGCACUAUUCGUUGUGUUUGCAUUCUUGUUAAUUUUUGGCUUUGGAAUGUAAAACAGCCUUUUUGAUCAUUUCUUUUGAUGUGAGAAACCUCUUUUGGUUACCAGUAAAAUUGAGGUGGACAUUCCUUCCCUGGUUUCACAAAGAAGUCAUGCUGUUAAUUUAUACAUUCAAACUUGAGAUUAAAGACUCAGAAUUGACCAUUUAAACUUUCUGCAACAAAAAUGGACUUGAAGGGCAUGCCCAGUUGAGUGAAGGUCCUUUCAGUACCUUUCAAUUUCAGUAAGGAUCAAAAAUCCCUCUGCUGUGCAUUCUGAGUGUUGCUGUUUCUGCCUCAUGCUGUUGGAAACACAAAUAGUGCAAUCUGUGCAAUUGGAGAAGCUUGCCUUUUUCCUGUUAGAACACUUGGCCCACAACAAACUUGUGCUUUUUUUAUGAACUCAAAUGCACUAAUGGGUCAUUUUGCAUUGACAUUUGUCAAAAGCAGCAAGAAAACAUAGCUUGUGAAAUGAUGCGGGCAUCUGCGCUGCUUGCUGUGGCCCAUCUCUGUGUGUGUGCAAACAACCCUUAAUGAGACUACAAGUCUGUUCCAGAAGGAAACCAUUUAGCAGUAAAUGCAAAUGUAAAACUUCAGAAAUCAUAGCCCUGAAGAGGAAACCAUAGAGCAGGGAUGGUUGCUUGCUGAACACGCUGCUCCUUCCUGUUCCUUUUCCGUGCACCCUGGGCAGUGAGAGAAGUUCUCCGCUGUCUUAAGGUCUCAAGUGGCGGAACAGGUAUGAUGGUGCCUUCUAUCAAACUCAUCAUUCCAGUCUUGCUGGUGGUUUUGUACAGAAUAGUGUCAAACUGGCUGUGCUGUAAAUCUUAACAGCUGUAAAAAUGUUUCUAUAAUCAUUGUAUAAAAAUUGCAGUGUCUUUAAAAAUGAAACAUUACUGGAAUAUUUGCUUCGCUCUUACAGUUAACAACUUUCGGGAGCCUUUGCAGGAAGGAACGAUGAAGUAAUGGCUGCGGGGAGUUGGAGGAGUGAAUGUGCGGUUUUGCAUUUAGUCCACAGUUACUAAUCAGCUUGUACCUUGCUUCAUAUAUGUUGAGCCUAAAACCUGUUCCUCCCCCCCUCCCCCCUCUCGAGGAUUCUGCAGUUUUCAUGAGGCAGCAUCAUAGCUCCAGCGAGCGGGCAUUUCCGGUCUCUGAACUAUCACCCAUUUUGCUCAACCCUCGAAUUGACUUUCAAGCCUCUGUGGCUCAGAUUUGUAAAAGACGGAAUGACGGCCUCUGGUGUGUUUUCUACUUGUGGACUCUGGCAUUGGGUGAGGGGUCUGCUUAUUUCCAGGUUCCUGUUUGCACAGAUAGCACAUUCCAGAAAACUGCAAAUGUAGCCAGCUCUUCUCCCCAGCUUCACGUUGGAAAUCUGAAGCAAGCAUCAGGCUGACUUCGGAGGAGGAGAGGCAGACGUCUGCGAUGACUCAGAGCUACUUCUAAGCAUGGAAGACCUCACUUUCUGAUGCAACAGGGAACUAAACAUUUCUGCAUUAUUGUAACAACGGGCGACUUUGGGUUGAAGCUUUUUCCUGUGUAUUGGGGGGAAACUUUGUAUUUUUCACACACGCACACCCCCAAAUUGAGGUCUUCCAUGUUUGAUGGUGAGUCUUGCACUAUUUUCAUACAGUAUUUGGACCACGCUUCUCAAUUUCCUUUUUUUUUAAUUUUAUACGUUUGGUGUGGAGCGGUUUCGUUUUCAAGUGACGCCUGGAAGUGUUCUCCAUGAACACCUCACCCCCAUCCCCCGCCCUCGCCACGAGCUCAGCUGAAGUUGGAAGCGGCCUUGAAACUACUGUGCUCUGUCAAUAUGGUUCAUGUCCCGGGACAUUUGAGGGCUGUUUUAUUGCCCUGCCACCUCCUGUGAAUCUAGUUAAGGCAAAGAAUGCAGGUAAGAUCAUCAUGUGAUUGACAAUUGAAGGUGCCGUGGAGCCAUUCCACAUUCUGGCUUGCUUCUUUAAAUGCCAUGAAAUGACAAUAUUGGAAGCGUACACAGAAGUUUACAUGGUGACUGUUCACCUUCUGUACUGUGGACUCAUAGUGUUUUUGUCCUCUUUUCAAUAAAUUAACUUUGAGAAGAAAAAGCAGCAGGACUUGACCAUUACUGUUAAACUGCUGAUUUGUUGAGGUGGGCAGUAUUGCAGUGACACACAAUUUCAACCAACUGAGCUUUGACCAUCUUGGCUUUAGUAGGUGUGUCGGACCAAGGACUGCCACCGUCAUCGCUGUAAUGUGUUAAGCCUUAUAUGCUAGUAGAGUCUAGUUUAAUUGUUGCAGGUGGGAAGUAUUUUUACUUUUAAGUUUCCAUUUUUGAUGUGUUCUGACUAAACAUACCAAUAAACUACUGAUGUCUGCAGCAUUCA